UCCAGUUUCAUACAUGACAGCUAUCGGGAACCAUGAGAGGUACGUGUGCUCAGAAGACGUGCUGACAUGUACAUGUACAUGUCAAUGGAAUAAUGCGGCAGACAGAAGCAUUUAGAGCGGGGUUCAAUCAGGUGUUUGAUAUAUCAUCUUUACAAAUAUUCACCCCACAUGAAUUGGACUAUCUGCUUUGUGGCCGUAGAGAGCUGUGGGAGACGGAGACUCUUGCUGAUCACAUAAAGUUUGAUCAUGGAUACACUGCGAAGAGCCCUGCAAUACUUAAUUUGCUUGAGAUCAUGGGUGAGUUCACGCCUGAGCAGCAGCGUGCCUUUUGCCAGUUUGUUACUGGUGCACCUAGGCUUCCCCCUGGUGGUUUGGCAGUGCUGAAUCCAAAGCUGACUAUUGUGAGAAAGCAUUCUUCAACUGCAAAUAAUGCAGCAGCCAAUGGGACUGGGGCUUCAGAAUUGGCUGAUGAUGAUCUGCCAAGUGUACAUGUUUAA